AAGAGAAAGGAAAAGCAUCAAGACACACCAAGUCAGGACAGGAUAGACAGAGUGUGGCCAGGUGCACAGUAAGGGACGCACAUAAAAGCAAUUCAGCCGCAGAGUGACACCAUGCUCUCUACAUUGCAGAGAUCCUCCAGACAUGCCUCUGCCCUCCGAAGGCUGCAUAAGUCUGCUCUGGAAGUGGUGGAGCGCCCCGCCCGGGAGGAGACGGUGACAGGCAGCUUCGGCGCCUUCAUCCACGGCGUGCAGCCUGAGCAGCUGUCACAGACGGUGCUGCAGCGCAGCAAGAGAAUGGUGCUGGACAGCAUCGGCGUGGGGCUGCUGGGCAGCACCACUCAGGUGUUCCAGCUGGCUCUGCAGCACUGCCAGCAUAUGUAUGCCCCUGAUGACAUCAGCUCUGUCUAUGGCCACAGCGGCACCAGGCUCUCUCCAACACUGGCCGCCUUCGUCAACGGAGUGGCAACUCACUCUAUGGAUUUUGAUGACACCUGGCACCCGGCAACUCACCCAUCAGGAGCAGUGCUUCCUGCCCUUCUAGCCAUUAGCGACAUGUUGCCCAGCAACAGCAAGCCCAGCGGGCUGGACUUCCUCUUGGCUUUUAAUGUGGGCAUUGAGAUCCAGGGUCGGCUGCUGAGGUUCUCCAACGAGGCGCACAACAUCCCAAAGAGGUUUCACCCUCCCAGCGUGGUGGGGACACUGGGCAGUGCCGCCGCCUGCGCCCGCCUCCUGUCCCUGGAGCGCGCUCAGUGCAGCCACGCCCUGGCCAUCGCCGCCUCCCUGGCAGGUGCGCCCAUGGCCAACGCGGCCACCCAGUCCAAGCCGCUGCACAUCGGAAACGCGUCCCGGCUGGGCCUGGAGGCAGCACUGCUGGCGUCCCGCGGGCUAGAGGCGAGCCCCAUGGCGCUGGACGCUGUGCCUGGCGUGGCUGGCUUCAGCGCCUUCUACGAGGACUACGCGCCCCAGUCACUGCCCUCUCCCGAGGAGGCCGAGCCCCGCUUCCUGCUGGAGGAGCAGGACAUGGCCUUCAAGCGCUUCCCUGCUCAUCUCGGCAUGCACUGGGUCGUGGACGCUGCGACCUCUGUCCAUAAGCUGCUGGCUGGCACCUACGGUAAGGCCUUCUCCCCUGCCCUCAUCCACGAGAUUCUCCUGAGGGUGCCGCACUCGAAGUACAUCAACAGGCCCUUCCCCGAGUCGGAGCACCAGGCCCGCCACUCCUUCCAGUUCAACGCCUGCACCGCCCUGCUGGAUGGGGAGGUGACGGUGCAGUCCUUCUUCCCCGCCACGUUCCAGCGGCCCGAGCUGCGUGCCCUGCUGUCCCGGGUGCGAGUGGAGCACCCCCACGACAACCCCGCCAACUUCGACCGCAUGUACGGGGAGGUGGAGGUGACUCUGGUCGGCGGGGACGUGCUCCAGGGCCGCUGCGACACCUUCUACGGCCACUGGCGCAACCCGCUGACCGACGACAGCCUGAGGCGCAAGUUCCGCGGCAACGCAGGCACCGUGCUGCCCCCGGAGAAGGUGGAGGGCCUGAUUGAGACGGUGGAGGGACUGGAGCAGCUGGCCAACUGCAGUCCCCUCCUCAUGCACCUGCAGUGA